AUGGCCUCCGUCUCAACCGGACAAAACUGUCCAUCCGAUAUCUCCCAGCAGAAGGACAGUUCUAGCCAGCAUGAGCACGCAGCCCAUACCUCUUUCCUGGCAAAACCCUCGCAUGACAACCGGGUUGUCAAACGUCAGCGACGCGGUCGACCCAAGAAGGUCAACCAAGAAACAAUCAAUCGAAUGGUGCAGAUACUAGAAGAAUCCCGCCACAGUUUGUCAUUGUCAUGGGAGCAACUAGGCGCUGCCGUCGGUAUUACUGGUGUCCAUCUUCAAACCGUCCGCAAUCAGUUGAUCAACGAGGGCUACUGCAAGAGCGUUUCCUGUCAGAGAAAGUGGCUCACGCAGGAGACGAUGGACGCGCGAGUUGCUUUCGCGAUUGCUCAUCAGAACUGGCCGUGGCGGUCUGUCCUCUUCAGCAGUCUUGUCUCGUUCAGUCUUGGACCAAGUCCAAGCCGCAAAGCAAAAGUGGCGAUCAACGACCGGCAACAAGAAAGACUGUGCAAAGAGUGCCAUCGAAACAGAACCAAGCAGAGGGGGCAAGAACGGCAUGCGAUUCAUUGCUGGGCGAUCGUCGGUUUCGAUCAUAAGAGCCCUCUUACCUUUUUCUCCUCGGUGGGGGAUAAUAUUCCUCUUUGCGAGAUGGUUACAUGCAGAAAGCACAAUAACCAAGCGCAGCAGCAGCCUCAGAUGCAGUCAAUUUGUAGCUCCGAGAAGCAAUUCCUUCUCGUGGACGAGGCAAACGAAUCCAAUUUUAGGCACAAUAACGACCACCUCUUACAGAUUCAUGGCGAAAGCAAACCGCUCUCCCGCAUCGUCACCCCUCCCUGUUCACCCGAUCUGAACAUCGCGCAUGAUGUACUGCUCUUCCUCAAGAAGAUGGUUCAGAAAAGGGCCUUGUUUCGGGACGAGAAGGACCUUGAAGCAGGGGUAUUGGAGGAGUGGGGCAAGGUCUCGGUCAAGGAGAUCAAUAAGCUGGUGGAUUCGAUGCCAAGGAGGGUUGAUGAUGUGAUUCGGAUGAAGGGGAAGCCUGUCUAG